CCAUUCAUUCAACCCUCUUACACACAAAUACACACAUACCACACACAUACAUUGUAUUAUUGAAGAAAGAUGAAGGGUGCAGCAGUAUGUGUCUUGAUGGUGCUAGCUGUGGCCCAGCUGAUGGUCGAUCCAGGCCACGCCAUCACAUGUGGUGAUGUGACCAAAUGCAUAGGACCAUGUGUUCCCUUCCUGACAGGGACACAGCCAAAUCCAGGCAACGCAUGCUGUGCCGGCGUCAAUCAGCUGAAGGGCUUGGCGCCCACCACUACUGACAGGCGUGCUGCAUGCGCCUGCGUGAAAACUGCUGCGGCCAACUUCAAAAACCUAAAUGCUGACGCAGUGAGCUCAUUACCGGCCCAAUGUGGCACACCACUUCCCUUCCCUAUCAACAAGGACACCAAUUGCGAAAUAAUUCCUUGAAUUGGAGUUCGAUUGAGGGAGAAAUAAAGAGAAGCGUAUGCGUGCUAGCGCGUUGCUACCUCGUCUACCAUGAAUAGAUGACCAUGGUGAAUGGAUAUGUAAUGCGAAAUAAGUUGCUGUAGGAUGUAUAAGGUUUACGCAUGUAUGGGCUUCCAUUGGCAGUAUGAAAGCUAAUAUCUGAUGAAAGGGUGGUUGCCAGGCUUCCCUCUAUUCAUGCAAGAACCUUUUUGUUUUCUUUCUUUUUCAAGAACCUUGGUCGGUAGAAAGUUGAUGUUUAUCGAUGUUUAAUGAAAGUGGGUCCCGAUCUACUACAAA